CUCCCCUCUAUCCACGGCCGAGAUUAUUCCGCUUCCCUAUUUCUUCUUUCUCCCCACUCUCAUCCCCAUCCCACUCCUUGACCCGAUUUACCAUGUGACAUUAGCUAGUGAUUCCGCCGUUCCUCGUCGCCUACCGUUCCCAGACCAUACCGCAGUUGCAAUACGCCGUAGCGUGCGAACUUCCAUUUCGUUCCUUCGUCCCUCCGUCGAUGUGACACAUUCCGACCAAUUCCAGACAUCACGGUGCCCGCGGCCACCGGCCUUCGAGGUUCAGCGGUCUGCAAGACUACGGGCUCGUCGAAACAGCCAGCCAAUCGCACUGCGUGGUCGAUGGUUGCCAUUCCAUUUCCUCCUACCCGAUCUCGCUCAGCUGCCUGCCUGCGACUCGACGUAUCUGCGUGCGCGUUUAUAUUCACUGCUCCUUCAAAUUGCUUUCAAAUACUCGCAACGCCACAUACGUGCCGCUCGACACCGCUCACCUUUCGCAUACCUACCUCACAGAUCUGUCUUUUUUCUGCAACGUGCUCCUUCUCCAUCGUGACCCGUUAUUCAACACUCGCCACCGCCGUAGAUAGCGUGCCGGUAGCACUCAGCUACUUGGAGUCCCGGUUACAACUCGGUCUCACAAUACACCUCCCCGUUUCUCCCGCUUCAUCAUCGCGCUGGCCAUUUUCGGUGCCGUACAAACCGUCGCCCGCUGUUGCACCCAUUCUCUUACCCCACGAUCGCUACCAACGUCGACAUCAAAGCCCACCUCCCCCCGCCCAUCCCCGUUCUAUCGAAGCGUCUGCUGGCAUGCCAACAUUGUGGUCGUGCCUCUUCAAUUGCGCAAUCCGAGACGUCAGCGAAGCAGAGUAUCCCCCGGCUACUGUGAUAGGAUCACCGGGAACUAUCGCUAGUCCAGUGAGGAGCACCUAUAUACCUUUAGCUCGAUCGCUAGGCAAUGCUUGACCGUCUCCUCCGCCUCUGCCUCCAAUUUUCAUGGUACCCUUCUCGUGGACAACCGUGUACGCAAUCUCGAACGGCAAUUGCAUUCCAUCCGACAAUCCUUCCACCCCCUCCUCCGCGCGGUGUGCCUCCAAACAACGGUGUGACGUCCUGCAUCGCUACAGUAUUUAAGCGCGGCGGACAUAACCGACAGAGCAUCAUAAUGCGCCACAGCACCACCAAAUCAGUCCCGCUUCGGCCUCACCGCUGUGGUUUUCUUUGCAACCAACGCCGUUUGCA